GACUCGCUUCCUCCAAGCCCGCUCAACUACAUAUGCUCUGUCCAGUGUUGACUCGGCCAGUAGGACCUACAUUGUGAUCAGCUCUUUUUGCUCCCAAGUUUAGCCGAGGCUUCCCGCAUCCAGCCAAUUCUCGAAUGCUUAGUCAUCCUGGUUGUCCUUCAAACGCUUGAGAACGCUGAAAGACAUUGAUCUUCCAGAUAGAAGCCCGACUUUCCUAUUGUCGACUCGGAGCUGGAACAACUUACAACAACGAAACCUUUCUCGACCAUGAGCCUGUCAUCAGUUGUGUGGCAGUACAAUGGCCGAACGCUUGGCAAGGCUGCGGACAAAGGGGAGCCCACCGUUUUCAUUGUCCUUCCAGACAAAGAUAGAUCGUCAAGUAUUCGAUCAUCUCUCUGUGUGAAUCCUAAGGACGGCAGACUUCGCUUAGUGGCUCGGGAUUCUUUCUCCAUGUACAUCAAGAGGCAAGAGGGCGGAUGUUGAAGGUCCAGCAUGGUUAGUUACCGCCACAAGAACGAAGCAUCCUCUUCAUCCUCGCGAUGACGGCAUCCGCUUUGCCAGCCGCGGACCACACCGUCGUCACGGACGCAGCUCCAUCCAACUCUGCCGCCGACGUUCCCAGCUCCACAAUCGAGCAAGCAGCUCCAGCACAACCGCUCAACACUUCUGACGAUUUCGAUGAAUCGUACGACGACCACCACCACCAGCUGUCUCUCCAGGCUCUGGCCUACGCGGCUUCGGCCCCCGAUGCCGAAGCUGAGAGUCAUCACGACAAGAGGUCCCCCGGCUCCGGAGCGAUGCAGCCCAAGGGACAAAAGCAACAGAAGGAUGCCAAGAAGCCCAAGCAGUACAUGUGGUGCACUUCGAACCGAGACUACUGCACUUCGUGGUACGCAGCGCCCGGCGAAUCCUACAAGGCGAGACGCGAAGUGGAGAAGCGCGACGGAAUGUCCAACACCGCCAACAAGAAGGACCAGGAGGUCUGGUGCAAUGCCGCCGGCAAAUGCGUUUACUGGUAUAAGGACAAUAAACUCGACGUUCUUGGUACCACGCCAUGCACUGACAAGAAGAGAAUGGGUACUGAUCCGGCAUGCCUUCGUGUGCCGAAACACACAAAGACUACCUAAAGUUAGGGUUUGAAGGAGCAGACUACACAUAAUGUAUUCGGU